CUGGAACUAAAACUGACUAAAGUCAGCGGUUAUUUUACUGGUAAACAAUAAAUGCUGUCUGUGGGGGGGUCAGCAAAGAAAGACCCAUCCGCUCCAAUAGCGCAGUCAAAUAAUUGUUUAUUUUUUUAUAUGCGCGGUUUGGUUUUACAACAGUUUUAACAGGUCCAAAAUAAUCACACAAUUUCAGACCAGGAGAGUGCACGUACCAAACGAAACAGCGCGCGCGCCUCAUUAUCAUAUUCAAACGAACUGCAGUCGGCAGACUCGCGAAAAAGAGCACUCAGUGAAGAAUAGCCUGCUCAUGCGGCACUAACGAAUUGUCAGCUGAAAGGAUAAAUAAUCAGAUACAAAAGCCAAACGUGAUUUUCUCCUACAUAAAUAAUAUUUUUGGAAAAACUGAACAUUUUGUUAUGAGUCUCCUCAUUGAAAACAUCUGAAGUUCUUCAAAGAUUCCAGUCUACGAUGGAGAUUGACAGUCUAAUGAAACAGGAGUUUGUCAGUGUCUGGGUCCAGGAGCCACAAUUCCACAAAGAUGACUUCUGGCACACGCACGUUGACUAUGAGAUCUGUUUACAUACCAAUAGCAUGUGUUUUAGGAAGAAGACUUCCUCUGUGCGGAGGCGAUACAGUGAGUUUGUUUGGCUCCGGCAGCGUCUGCAGGACAACACUAUGCUCAUAGAGUUGCCCAAACUGCCUCCCCGGAACCCUUUCUUCAGUAUGAAAAACCCCUACAAGGUCAACCAGAGGAUGAAUGGCCUGCGGGAGUUUCUAGAGAUUAUCCUCCAGGACCCCCUGCUGCUGUCUGACAGUAGAGUGCACCUGUUCCUCCAAUCCCAGCUGAGUACGACCAAGAUGGAGGCAUGUGUCUUGGGCCGGACACGCUACACAGUGGCACAGGCCAUCCAGAUGUGUCGCGACUGUCACCGCACACGCUUCCCCAUAGAGAAGGGCAGCAAGGUGUACUUCAACUCAGACUAUGAAAGCCUCACCAGCACCACGUCAAGUCUGGGCCACAGCCAUGACUCUGGGGUCCCCCAGAGCCCCAGCCCUCUGCCCUUCUUAUUCCGUACUUUCAGCCUCACCAGCACCACGUCAAGUCUGGGCCACAGCCAUGACUCUGGGGUCCCCCAGAGCCCCAGCCCUCUACCCUUUGACUGCAGCACCUGUGAAAAUUCUGACUGCAACAUUCGCGUCCGGGAUGAGGGAUUCUUCAGCAGUCUGUCAGAGUCGUCGUGUGACCAGGAACACAUGGCGCCCUGACACACCUCUUCACACACGCACAAAGGGGCUGUUUCCCAGACAAGAUUAAGCCUAGUCCUGCAUGGAGAUUCUUUCAAGUGCUUUUUAUUCCAUGGCUCAGCUUAAUCUUUGUCUGGGAAACUACUCAAAAGACUGUUUGUUACUGUUCCUCAUGUGCUUCUCAAACCUCUGAUUAACUGGUGGCGUAGAAAGGUGUGGUUCUGUUGGAAUUCUCUCUGCGUCCCCAUCGGUCUUUUUAAAAUGACUGAGCCAUGUUUUCUUAAAGGAUAUUUUAUUGACUUACCCUCUUAUUGCGGACCAACUGGUGUUGCGAGUGAAUAAGUUGUCCAAAACAGAACGUUGUCUUAAUGUAAUAUCUCAUUCUUGAAUUCUAACUUGUGCCUUACAUUUUGUUCCUUUGUAUGUGAAUCGGUUUACCUGCAAUCAUACUAGGAAAGGUUCUUAAAUUAUACUUAAAAAAAAUAAAA